AUGUUUGACUUUCCAGUAGCAACUGCUCUGCUCUUCGUAGAGAUCAAGGAUGCUGCAUUUCUGAAAACCUUGUCAGAGGCUAUGCUAUCCCUUUUUGUCAAAUGGGAACUCCGUGCAAUGGUUGUACUCAGCCUAACCGUUCAGCUUAUACUGAUAAGAUAUGGGAAUCGACGGAAAUUCAGCGGGAAAGAUAUAAAGCUUUUGUCAUUCCUUGUUUGGACGAUGUACCUGUUUGCAACCUGGUUGGCAACAGUUGCCCUCAGCACUCUCCUCAGAAGCAGAAGGGAGCAAAUAACCAGUCCACUAGUUAUAUUUUGGACCCCAUUCUUACUCUUGCAUCUUGGUGGCCCAGAUACAAUCACUGCUUACUCCUUAUCGGACAAUGAGCUGUGGCCUAGACAUUUCUUCGGGCUGUGCUUCCAGAUUGGAGUGGCUAUCUAUGUCUACGUCAAGUUUUGGACGCUAACAGUUACUAAGCUCACCUUUUUGGCCAUUCCAAUAUUCAUCGUUGGAAUUAUCAAGUACGGGGAGAGGGUUUGGGCUCUCUACAAAGCUAGUAGCAAGCGGUUUAGGAAGUCUGUGUUCUCGGAUACUCAAAGUUUUGACCUUCAACAGAGGCCUUCAAAAGGGAACAUGAAAGAGAGGGUUUGGGCCCUCUUCAAAGCUUGCAGCACGCGGUUUAGGAAGUCUGUGUUCUCGGAUACCCAAAGUUUCCAGCUUGAAGUUGACCUGCAACAGGGGCUUUCAAAUGGGAAGAUGAAGCUGGAGGAAUAUUUAGAUCACAGACAAAUUAAGAAAGAAUACAGGUACCUUCAGCGAGCUUUUCAUUUAUUUCAGGUGUUCAGGCCCCUAUUUUCGGACCUCAAGCUCAGAAUUUACAAAGAUUUAUGUUACAUAUUUGAAAUGCCCGAAGUGACUGCAGAAGAGGCCUUCCAAAUUGUGGAGAUUGAACUUAGUUUCCUGUAUGAUAAGCUCUAUACAAAGAUUCCUAUAGUUUUAACUCGACAGGGUGUAAUUCUCCGCUGCAUUUGCUUGUCAUUCACCGUUUCCACACUGAUUGCCUUCUUGACCGUCAUUGGUAAGCAUGGCUACUCGAAAGUUGACAUUGGCAUAUCCUACUUGUUAAUGGUUGGAGCUAUCUUUCUUGAAAUUUAUUCAGCCAUUCUACAUCUUUGCUCUGACCGCGGAAUUCUCUGGUUGACUAGUCGAAAUAACAGAUAUCUUAAGGCUAUUGGUUCCAAGUUAGUUCUUUUGACUAAACCCAACAAGGGAAUUCGAUCCAUGGCACAGCACAGCCUACUAGAUUAUUGCCUCCAGCCUAGGAAACUGAAGCUGGCUGCGGUGUUAAACAUAUUUGACACUGAGGACAAUUUGGAGAAGUAUUUCCGUACCAGUUGGGAGGAUGUGAAUCCUGAUUUGCAAAAUUUCAUCUACUCUCGUCUCCUACAAAAACGACAGAAAUAUCGAGAAAAUGGUUUUGAUUUCAAAUAUCUCUCAGAGUUAUUGGAUGAGAGAGGAUACAAUGUGCUUGCGGAACACAAUAAAUUACCUGACACUUAUUGGAGUGUUUCUGAGGCAGAAUUUACCCACAGUGUCCUCUUAUGGCAUAUUGCUACAGAUAUUGUUUACAGUGAUGAUCAUCAUAGUUUUCGAGCAGGUAACCUUGGUCCACAUUGCGAUAUCAGUAAGCGAUUGUCUGAUUACAUGAUGUAUCUUCUCUUUCUCUGUCCAGCAAUGCUUCCUGAAGGUAUUGGUAACAUAAGGCACCAGGAUACCUGCAUUGAAGCAAAGAAUUUUUUCCAUAGAAAGUUAAGAUUCAAGGAAGCUAUAGAGGGUUUGUUUGGAAUUGACAUCGAAUCUCGAUCAUUCUUUGUCGAGAUGGGAAGUCGGAGGAAGUCAGCAUUCUUUGAAGGAUGUCGUAUUGCCUACCAAUUGAAAGAUUUGAUAUCAAACUAUCACUGGGAUCACCAAGAAAAAUGGAAACUGAUUGCUGAAGUGUGGCUGGAGAUGCUGACUUAUGCCGCGAGUCAAUGUUCGUGGAAGGAGCAUGCGAGACAACUUCAGCAAGGCGAGGAGUUGCUAACCCACGUCGCCCUUCUCAUGGCACACCUUGGUUUGAGCAAGAAAAUCAAUCUGGUGCCAGUGCCCCAAAGACUUACGGAUGUCUCCUUCAAGCCCAGCUGGGAUUGGGAUAGGCUUGACCGAUUGGCUUAUUACUUGGCUUAG